AAAAAAAUAAAACUUUUAAAUCGAUGGAUAUGUUACAUUUAGGAUGAAAAUCUCGUGCUGGACAUUCAUAAUAGCCUUGUUUCAUACAGUACAAUGUAGUUAUAACUUAUUCCGAGACCACUGGGAACCAAAUGACAACAAAUAUGGCUAUUUUCCUGAAGAAGAGCGGGUUCGAAUGUUGGACGAAACUCGAAAAAUGUUCCAAUUUGGUUGGGACAAUUACAUGAAAUAUGCCUUUCCUAAAGACGAACUUAAUCCUAUAUUUUGUGAAGGAAGAGGGCCUGAUUAUGACAAUCCGAGUAACAUUAAUAUCAAUGACGUGCUUGGGGAUUUCUCAUUGACUUUAGUGGAUACCCUAGACACAUUAGCUAUAAUGGGAAAUAGCAGUGAGUUUAAACGUGCAGUAGAUCUUGUCAUACAACAUGUUAAUUUUGAUAAACCAAACACAGUUCAAGUAUUUGAAGCUACAAUUAGGAUAUUAGGUGCCUUAAUUUCUGCUCAUUUGAUUGUGAUUGACCCAAAGCAGCCCUUUGGAGAUAUGGUACCAGAUUUCUAUGACAACGAACUUUUAGAACUGGCGCAUGAUGUAGCCGGAAGACUUCUUCCUGCCUUUGAAGAUACACUCACUGGGAUGCCUUAUCCUAGGAUAAAUCUCCUACAUGGUGUUCCAUUUGAUUGCAUCAAUGAGACAUGUACAGCAGGUGUUGGAACUUUGCUCUUAGAGUUUGGCAUCCUUAGUAAGCUCCUAGAUGACCCUGUAUAUGAAUCUGUGGCCAAGAGGGCUCUUUCUGCACUGUGGAGCUAUAGGUCUAAUGUUACUGGACUAUUUGGUAAUGUGAUAAACAUCCAGACUGGAGAAUGGAUUGGACAGAUGAGUGGACUAGGCGCUGGUAUUGACUCCUUCUAUGAGUACCUCUUUAAGGCUUACAUCAUGUUUGGUGAUGAAUCGUAUCUCGCAAUGUUCAAUGAGUCUUAUGAAAACAUCAAGUCACAUAUGAGGAAGGGGAGGGCUGAGUGUAACCAAGGCAGAGGCAAUCCUCCAUUGUAUGUCAAUGUUAAUAUGCAGAAUGGGGAAACUUCUAAUAAUUGGAUUGAUGCCCUACAAGCCUCUUGGCCAGCAAAUCAGGUAUUAAAUGGGGACAUAGAAGAAGCUAUAUGCUCCCAUGCUGUCUACUAUGCAAUAUGGAGGAAAUAUGGAGCUCUUCCUGAGCGUUAUAACUGGCACCUAAAGGCCCCGGAUGUAACUUUCUACCCCCUACGUCCAGAAUUAGUUGAGUCCACUUAUAUUCUGUACCAAGCAACCAAGAAUCCUUUCUAUCUGCACGUUGGAAAGGACAUUUUGAACAGUCUCAACAACCACACAAAAGCAGAGUGUGGCUAUGCUACUAUACAUAAUGUCAAUGAUAAGGACCUUGAAGAUAGGAUGGAAAGUUUUUUCCUCAGCGAAACUUGUAAAUAUUUAUACCUUCUCUUUGACAAAGACAAUUACAUCAAUAAAAAUGCUCAAGAAUACCUCUUUACAACUGAGGGCCACAUUCUUCCAGUAAAAUAUGAGUACAGAAAACAUACUUCCAACCUAUUUUUCAACAAAGAAUUCAAGAGUAUACGACGGAAGAUUCUACAGGAUGAGGAAAAGGAAGAAUUCCAGUCUGAUACUGUAACAGUAGAUGCUAGAAAUAAUAAUUCCACCUUAUUUAAUUGUAAAAAAAUACCAGAAGAAAGGAGACACUUUCUACCCAUAAAGAACCGAUACCUCCAGCAGCUUGAACUUGCAGUUGGAUUGGAUAUUGACUGAAACCUAAGAAACUAGGAUACCAAUGAUGCUUAAUUGAGAAUGCAGGAUAAUAAUGAUACUUAAAAUGGCUUGGUUUCUCACUUGACCAUAGCGCAAUACUAGGUAUCUUCGCAUUGAAUGACUUACCCUGUAAUCCUAAAAUGUGCAGAUUGUUUUCAAACAUAAUGAUCCAUCAAUAUACUUUUAAACAAAUGUUCAGACACAAAUGUAAUCAAAUCUUAAGAAUUCAACUUGCAAUGCACCAUUUAAAGGAUUGUGUAAGGACCCCACGCAAAGAAUGUGGGAAAUUUGACAAGCAUUAUUGUCAGUUGGUGGAACUUCGACAUAACACUUUGUCCCAGGAGUAGGCUUUUUUAAAUGCAUAUUCCUGGUGAUCUGAAUUUUGACCCUAUUUAAUGUGCCAUUUUUGCUAACUAUGUUUCUCACUAUAAAUUAACUAAUUAUGUUGCUCUCAGGGUAGAGCAUUUGAAAGCUCAAUUUUGAUUUUGUCAAAAUCCCC